AAAAAAGAGACCUUCGAUGGCUUCAUGCGAGAGGAUCACGAUAAGGUUGAGGCACUCAUGCGAAAACAUUUCAACAUCACGCUGGAGACCAAGGAAGUGUCGUUGAGAGGCUGGAACUGGGGCGUGACAGACUUCCAAGGCAAUGAGCUUGCAUUCAUGGUUGCAGACAGAACGGCGUUUAUGCUGAAUCUGCAGCAAGUUAACAACUCCAAUAUCGCUGCUCGCACCGAGGUCGCACUUGAAUUCACUCCGGGAAUCUCAAAGUCUAAGCAUGCAGACGAGUUGACCGAAAUCCGAUUUUUUGUUCCUGGCACUCAGCCCAAGGUGAAAGGGUCUGAGAACGGGUCCCAAAAGUCGGACGAUGAAGAUGAUGCUGAAGAGCAGAGCGCUGCUCAGGUCUUCCACGACUUGGUGAAGGAGAAGGCAGAGAUCGGUGCACCCUCCGCCGACAUCAUUCUCAGCUUCGAUGAAGUGCUUGUGCUCACUCCUCGAGGUCGAUAUGACGUCGACAUGUACUCUGGGUUCUUGCGACUGCGUGGUAAGACCUACGACUAUAAGAUCGUCUACUCCAGUAUAUCACGUCUCUUUCUCCUACCCAAGGAUGACCAGCACGUUCUCUUCAUAUUGGGUCUCAAUGACCCCAUCCGCCAAGGACAGACGCGAUAUCCGUAUCUUGUCAUGCAGUUCACUCGCGAGGAGGAGAUCACGGCUGAAUUGAACAUGUCAGAGGAAGACAUCGAAAAAUAUGACCGGCUGAAGAAGAGCUAUGAAGAUCCUACAUUCGAGGUCGUGUCAAGUCUGUUCCGUGCGCUAUCCGGGAAAAAGAUAAUUGGUGCUGGGAGUUUCCAGAGUCGUGAUGGUCACCCUGGCAUCAAAGCUAAUCUCAAAGCCACACAAGGAGACCUUUUCUUGCUCGAAAAAUACAUCUUCUUUGUUUCCAAGCAACCGACGCUUAUUGAACUAUCUGAAAUUCAUCAAGUAUUUUUCUCUCGAGUCGCCACAGCUGCGCGGACAUUUGACCUUCGGAUCGUCACGAAAAACGGUCCUGAAUACACGUUUACAUCUAUAAACAAGGAAGAACAAGAGAGCACGCAGGCCUACCUCAAAGACAAGAGGAUUAAAAUCAAGAGUGAACAAGUGCCAGACGCGGAGUUGUUAUUGUCUGCCGCUGUGGGUGAUGAUGACGAUGAUGACGAAUCUAUGCGUAGUAUCGACUCGGACAAUGAUGGGCCUAAAAAGGUGCCAAGGAAUCGUGAUGACGAUGACGAUAGCGAGUCUGAUGAAUCUUUCGAAGCUUCGUCCUCCGAUUCGGGCUCUCCGACAGAGAGUGACUCGUCUGAGGGUGGGGCCGCUACCGCCUCUGACGCUAGCGGAGAUCGUGACUUCAAGAAGAAAAAGACGAAAAAGAAAGUCAAAGACAUAGAUGGCGCUCCCAAAAAGAAGGCAAAAGGAGCCGAGAGUGAUGUUGAGGAUGAUAACGAGGUCGGAGAGAAGGAGACAUCCAAGCCGAAGAAGAAGAAAGCCGACAAUGCCAUGGAUGUUGACGGAGACAAACCGAAACCGAAACCAAAGUCCAAGCCCAAGGCUGAUGGUGACGGGGACGGCGAUGCUAUGGAUGUUGACGAAAAGCCCAGACCCAAACCGAAGCCUAAGAAAAAGGAAGGAGAGGCUUCGGAGCCGCCGAAGAAAAAGCAGAAAACGUCGUCCAACUGAUCUAAUAUAGUCGUAUUUCAUUCUGCAGGCUCUGUUAAAUUAUAUCUUUCUCUCUAUUGUACACUAACGGACACAUAAUAACGUCCCUUGACUUGAGGACAGUUGUCGAAAGAUG